AGCUGUGAAUUGUCAACCAUGGUACUGAAAUUUUCUCAUAUCAAAUUUGCAACUUUAAUCGAAUCUCUAUUUACAACUUAUUAAGUACUAGAUACACUUUUGCAGUGAACGUUUUUUUUUAAGAGUUAUGUAUGAUAAAAAUUUUAAAAAUCAAACGUUGCGGAUUUUUAAAAAUAACCUCUAUUUCCUUGUAUUCGGUUCUACAGAAUUUACAUAAUUUUCAUGUAUAUUAUGUGCAACUUUAUAUAGCGUUUUGAUAUUAUCUUUCAACCGAUAAAAAGGUUUUGUUAAAUACACAUUAUAGAAACAGAAAUCGUUCGAAAUAUAUAUCAUUGGAGUCUAAUCUCUUCGUAGUAGAGUUUCAGCGCUUUAUUUGUAAACAUAAGUAUAGUAGAAUAUAAUAAUGGAAUUGUCAAAAAAUAUCAUCGAAAGCCUUACCAAUAUUCUAAGCAUAAGUCAUAUUGCUGAAGAUGAUUUUCUACAAAUCUUAGAUACAACUACUUCUUACAUAUGUGAAAAUUCUACAGAAAUAAAAUGUAUUGCCAAAGCAGCGGAUUCAAAACCCGUGCUAGCAAAGAAGAUUUUUGCUGACAUGUUAUGCUUGUUCGUAGAAGCAGCCCGACACGAUUUCGAUGAGGAAAAAUUAAGUAAUUUCUUAUGUCAAACAUGUAUCGACGAACAGAGGAAAAAGAAAUUAUGCGAAGCAUAUGUUAAUAAUAAGAAAACAAUACAAUCUCAGUUGGAAUUAACUGGUAAUAACCCACCACAUGUCAUUGAUGUAGAUUGGCAUCUAGAUUAUCGUAUAAAGUUGGACACAUGCAAUUUACUGGGUGUUCCUUUUUAUCAUGUGCGACUUAUCACUAAAAAACAUGAAACGAUAAGUCAUGUAACAUUCUCGUGUACGAUACAACAGCUGCAAGAAUUAAUAUUUAAGCUUAAAGAUGCCGUCAGAUACUCAGAGAAACUAACUAAUGUUUAGCUAUACCUUUCAGUUAUUGGUAUAUUUAAGUAUAGCGUUACUACACAUGAAUAAUUUAAUAUUUCAUUGCAAUUAUUUUUAUAGAAGUAUUGUAUGUAGUUUAAAGAAAUAAUUGUUAACAACUUAUCACAUUAAUA